AUGGAAAUAAAUUUUAAGGGAAAAUGUGCGUUGGUUACGGGGGCUACACAAGGCAUUGGGAGAGAGAUAGCUAUACAACUCCACAAAGGAGGAGCUAAGGUUAUAGCGGUUGGAAGGAACAAGAAUCUUUUGGAUACCUUAAAAGGCGAGUUUCCACAAAUAACAACCAUACCUCUGGACCUCGCAAAUUGGAGUGAAACUGAGAAAUUAUUGAACAAGGACAAAAUUGGUCCUGUGGAUCUUCUGGUUAACAAUGCUGGGUUAGCGGUGCUAGGCCCUCUAACAGAAGUUCAAGAAAGUGAUGUCGAUAGGCUGCUGAAUAUCAACGUUAAGGCUCUUAUACACGUCACGAAACUGGUUGUUGCCAACCUGCUGGCGAGAAAAACCCCAGGCGCGGUGGUGAACGUCUCGUCGCAAGCCUCGCAGGCCGGCCUCUUGAACCACACCGUCUACUGCGCAAGCAAGGGCGCGGUGGACGCGUUCACGCGCGCCUGCGCUUUGGAAUACGGCCCUAGCGGCAUCAGGGUGAACGCCGUCAACCCUACCGUCAUCAUGACGGACAUGGGGCGGCUGGGCUGGUCCGAUCCCGGCGUGGCCAAUCCCAUGCUCCAGAAAAUUCCGCUGAGAAGGUUCGGGGAAGUCAAUGAAGUUGUAGAUGCCGUGCUAUACUUUCUGAGUGACAAAUCGAGCAUGAUAACCGGCACAACGCUUGCUAUAGAUGGCGGGUUUUUGGCUUGUUAA